AAACGCCUAAAAAUAGCGCACAAAUCACCAUCUCUAUGCUCCAGCUAAUGUCCAGCCGCCCCCACUUAUAGCCGAAAAACAUAGCUGAGGUAUGCUCCCGCCAUGGGAACACCAUCUCCUCAGCAUGUCUCUUCAACAACAACCAAACGCUCAAGGCGGCAACACCUCCCUUUGACAAGGUGGAAUGUAAUGGGCCAGCAGCAGAAUCGGACGGCCAUGGCGGAGAACUGUUACGUCAAGGACACCUCACCAAGGUCUCGCAGGGUGAUAAAAAAGAAGUAUCUGCGAAGUUUUGCGAAGUACUGCCCCUUGGUAUCCGCCACUCUUGCUCCGUUUUCGACUCUGAUGGAUAUUCCGGCGUUAAGUCAAAGAUGGUACAGUGAUAAUGGAAUCAUCCAGCCUGAUCCAAAAGCAUCUUUAGUUCUGUCGGCGGUGGGCCUUGCUCUAAACGUGGUUGCAAACAUCCUGUUGGUAAUACGCUUCUCUUCAAAAGCCCCUUUUUGGGUAGAUCACUCCACCAAAUGGUCUCUAUAUUGCUGGUUAGGAAAAACAGUCAUCGCCGCCAUCAACCUCAUCCUCUUCGGUAUCCUCACUCGUAACGAAGCAGGCUACCAGUACCUUGAAGGCUUCUGGUGUGCAAUCGUAUCUUUUAUCGGCUCAUCGCUCAUCUCCUUCACAUUGUUAUUCCACUAUUUCCUGGCCUUUGGACACUCAAAAUCUGAUAACUCCGAUAUGAGAAGUGAAGGACGGCGCUUCAUGCUUUCGGUCACCGCUUUCGUUGCGAUCUUGGCUGUGCAAAGCUUCGUUUUCUCAAAAAUCGAGCAUUGGGAUUACGUUAGCGGGAUAUACAUGUCAGUCCAAACUGCACUUACUAUUGGUUAUGGGGAUUAUGUCCCGACUACAACAGCGGGGAAGGUCCUCAUUUUCCCUUUUGCUGUACUCACGAUAAGCCAACUGGGUAAUGAAAUUGCUUUGAUCAUCGGCUUUAUCAAACAGAGAGCAGAAGAGAGGAGGAACAAGUGGAGACAAAGCUUUGAAGGUGCAAUGCAUCGUGAAGCAAACUCUUUGAGGCCAAAAGCGGGUUUGACGGAAGAGAUGGCGUUGGUGUAUAGGAUUAACUCCCGAGAGGAAAUGAUGAGUCAAAUGUAUGACUUGAUAUGGAGUGCGAUGGCCCUGGUUGUAUUCUGGGUGUUAGGAGCGACAGCAUUCUCACAGAUAGAAGGAUGGACUUAUGGCAACGCGAUAUACAUGUGUAUGAUUCUAUCUCUUACUAUAGGAUUCGGCGACUACACACCUGUACAACCUGCAGGAAGAGUUGUCUUUAUCGUAUACGCACUCAUGGCUGUGCCUAUCGUUACUUCAUUCGCCGUACAAACCAUCACCGGUCUGCUGAGCACAGUUUCACAACGCAAAGUCAAUCGUGAGAGUUUCAUCACCGAACAAAAACGUUCUCCAGAGGCUUUUGCUCCACACAUGGAUCACAUUGACAGGUACCACAAAUCGUAUGCCGAUUUGAGGGAUAAGGUUCUCCAAGGAAACAUUGGGUCAGAUGGGCGUGAUGAUGGAAGAGAGAAUGGAAGUGACAAUAGUAAAGGCGAGCACAGCGAAGUAGGAGCAAGAGCAGAAGCAGAAGCAGAAGCAGAAAGAGGAGGAAAUGCGUCGAAUGAAUCUAAGAGGGAUCUACAAGAGGAAGGGAGUACGAAAGUCAAUAUCCAGGGUGCCGAGGAGAAUGGAUUAGAUGAAACGAUAGACCAAUUCCGGGAAAUGGAGAAGGAAGACCUUGAGGAAGACACCCAACGAGAGAAAGAACAAUCAACCCAUCCGGCCGUAGCUGAGUCGGAGUCUGGUAGUCAUUUUAUCAUCUCCAAGGAAGAACGUCAGCUUGAAGUCGAUUUGCUGAAGAAGCUGUUGGCGAAGACCGUCAGUUUUGAGGUUGAGGCGAGGCAGAUGUUGUUGGAUAGCAUGGAAAAGAGUGUCGAGCGAACAAUCUUACUCGCAGACCGAAAUGGUGAGUGUUAUCUCUCCUAUUCCGUCCUUCGGUUUCUUUCAGAUGGUUUACACAUAAAAUUAUAAUAGUGCAGAUCCGAGAUGUAAGAGCUGUAAGAGGGGAUGAUGCCAACAUCGUGUCCGUCUGGGCAGGGGAAGAGCAAGCACAGCGUAACGCAACGGAAAAGCACAAGAAUAACAAAUCCUCUUCAAUUUUGGGAGCAGAACCUGAUAAACAACAUCAUUUCAAAGGAAGCCCUUCAGACAUGCUUGCUAGGGUAAGCAAUUAUCGCUCUCUGUUCGCCGAGAUCCUGGUGUUGGGGGGGAUAUUGCAGAAGCUUGAAGGAGCCGAGUUAAAGCAAUUUGAGAGGUGGCGUGGAAGGCCGCUGAAAAAGAUGGAUGGCAGAGAUGGGGUUGAAGGGCGCGAAGAGGAUGAAGUGAUGAAUGAUGAGAUACGGAAAGUAGCUCAUGGACGGGUGGAAGGUAAUGCUGAGGAUAUGAAGGCAGUGGGCAAAGAUAGAUGGUCAGGGUUGAUGAAGGAUUUGAUAAAACGACAAAUGAGAAAGAUGACGCAUAAAGACGGGUGGGAUAAGAAGGAUAUGGUCUAGGAAUAUUCGAUAAUGUUCGGCUCCAUCGAGAGGGUAUCUUCAUCAGGCAUAUGUCGGCGGGUCAGUAAUUUUGAGCCAAUUGAUUACCUGUAUGAUUAGUUAUGCAUGUUGUA